AUGGUUGACGGACCAAGGUAUGUCGAGGAUCUUUUGCGAGAAAACGAGCGGCUGCGAGAUGCACGCCCAGCUGCCCCGUCAGAAACCGCUGUCUCGCGCCAAGUCCCUACUGUAGAGAACCAGGAAACUUUACAGAACCCUCUUGUUGAGGACAGACCUCAAGGAUGGUUUUUCCCCAUGUCGUCUCUCGACAUGCCCAUACAUAUCAGUGAAGCCGCCGAUGCAGCUUUCGCCACCCGGUUUCGCGAGGCGUUGACUCCGUACAGUUCACACAUUCCGAGAACCAGCUAUGUGCGGGAUGAAGCCCUCAUGUUGCUUUCCGAGUCUCAAUUCAGCUGGCCAGCGCCGGCCAGAGCACGGUUCUUGGUCAAGGUUGCUUUGAGCACUGUCUGCCAGUACUAUCACAUCGUGCUCAAGUCUUCAGUGAUGGAAGCAGUCGAAACAGCUAUCAAAAACGUCAACGACGUCGAGAGGUUGAUGAAGUGCAAAUUGUUGGCGCUGUUCGCCUUGGGCGAGGUGUACUCCAGCCGCGUUGCUGCCCAGGAAGCGUCUUUCCCUGGUCUUUCGUAUUUUGCACAGGCCAGAAGAAUGGUCAGCAUUCCUGCGGAGAGGCCUACAAUGCACACAGUCGAGAUCGCGCUUCUUCUUGUGCUCUACUCGUACAACCUCAACCGUAGGCACACCGCGUACCUGCUUGCAAGCUCCGCGGUCAGGCUAAGUAUCGUCAUGGGCCUCAAUCUGAACGUACCCGACAACUUGUACUCGAAUCGUCUGGCAAGAGAACACCGAACGCGAUUGUGGUGGACGGCGUACGUGCUAGACAGGACAUGUUGUUCCAAACUUGGUCAUCCCGCGAGCAUAGCUGACGAGGACAUCGUCGUCGAUCUUCCGAGCGGCGAUCAUUUAGAAGACGCAGCAGAUUUUGAAGACGUGGACUACAUUCUGAAAAGUAUCGAGCUAGCCGGUUUAUCACAACAGACACGCCAGCAGCUAUACUCUCGACGAAAGCACCACGUGUCCUUCUCUCAAAGGGUGCAGACAACCUUGAAGAACAUCACAAAGUGGAUGGAGACCCUCCCACCUCAACUACAGUUGGAAAACGGCAAAGGAUCUGCACGGCCCAACAGCAUUGUCUACCUCCAUUUACGGUUCAACCAGUGUUCCCGUCACUCAUAUCGACUGUUGAGUGAAGCGUGGAUACACGGAUCUUUUGCUAUCUUCGACUACUUCUACACACAGUAUCUGUUUUCUGCUGCUACGAACCUGGCGCUGUCAAGUCUCCUGGGGUCUGCUCAAAGCCAAAGCGACGGCGACAACCUCAUCACUGCGAUAGAUAUCAUCCGCCAACUUGGUCAAAGUGGAAACUUCGCGGCAAAAGAGUUCUGUCAGCAUCUUGACGCCAUGGAAGAGAGCAUGGAAAGAGUCCGUAAUAACCGCUUGGUGCAGAAUCUUGCACCGCACGUACCGGCCGUGAACAACGAAGCCACGGUCCCAUUCACUGGACCCGUGAUGACGGCGAGUAUGGCGCUUGCCCAGCCUUCACUUCAAGAGUUCCUGGCCGAGACCGAUCUUGCUAUAAGCGAAAUCGACAAUCCAAGUUUUGAUCCGCUACAGACCCCUUACUGGCCGGGUAUAUGGGGCGGUGAUGAGUGGGCAAACGGUUAA